GUUCUCGCGAUAGUUCCAAACACAUGGCUGCUGACUGGUGUGUUUACAACUUCUCCAGGAGCUACAAUGAAAAGCACAGAACUUCCCUGUAAAGAAGACACCCGCUGAUUUUUUGGGGUUAUUUUCUUCGUGCUUGGGUAAACAUUUGAAGCCGCAGAGAGGGAAAAAAGACACGAAGCUCAGCGUAAACAGGCAGCAGAGCUACAGCAGGUGGGUGAUGUCCUCAAACCCCGAGAGACUCAGCCGUCCACACAGGAGGAAGCACUAUCCCAGUAGCACUUACCUCACUCACGUCUGACAGCCACCUGCUGGACUCUGGGCCAUAAAACACUGGGAGAAGGACUGAUAAAGCCAUGUCUGAUUCAGCUGGAGGUGGAGAGAGUGAAGGUGUGACAGCUGAAGCAGAUGGGGAGCCUCCUCAACAGGCCCUUCCUCCUCUUUGUCAAUCUGAGCAGCAAGAACAGAAGACCUCAGAGGACGGGCUUCCACCGUCGGCUAAACGAUCCAGAAUCAGUGAGGAGGAGGAAGAACUUCAUGAAGUCCAUGAUGGCACAACAGAGUCUACCUGCGUACAAAUGAGCUCCACCCCAUCUGCACAAAGACCUAAUGAGCAACAACAGCCUGAGAGCGGAGAUCAGACAGAGGAAGAGUUAACGGUCAGUGAAGAUGUAGCACAAUGUCAUCAGAAUGGAGGUGGAGGACCUGAUCCUGCUGAGGGAGAAGAGACGAAGCAAGAGGUGGAUCAGGAUGAUGAUGGAGCUGCAGAGAGCCCCGCAGCAGGACAACACCUCGACUUGGAUUUCACCCAGAAUCCAUCAAUGCUGACUGGUUCCUGGACCGAGUACUCCAGCUUUCCUGAGAAUUACCUCAAAGGUUGCAAAUGGGCUCCUGAUGGUUCCUGCAUCCUGACCAACAGUGCUGACAACAUCCUCCGUGUGUACAACCUCCCUCCAGAGAUUUACAGCUACAGCUGGGACUCUAUCCCUGAGAUGCAGAAACACACCAAAGGAUUCCAGGAAAGCCAAACCUUGAGGAUUGAAAUUGGAGACCAUGUUGGCCUUCUUCCUGUCUGCUUUGAGGCCAACAACGUGAUUCAGUGCGACUCGGCUCAUGAAAAGCACUCCACAGCCCGCAGAACAGCGUAUGGCGAGAUGAGGAUCCUGCUUUCAUCUUCCUCUUCUGAUAACGUCUGUAUCGCUGCGUGUAGGUGCAGGAAUCAGCGACACCCUGCCUUCCUCUUCACAAACAGUGGUGAGACCUUUGGGGGCCCAGCUAACAAGCUGGGGUCGAGCUGGCAGGUCUCCCUCCUCUCUGUCCCUCGGCUCACGCCGUCUCUCGAAAGGCUGUUUUUAUUACUUCUAAAACUGUCUUUCUUCCCUAGCCUGGCCAGCAGCAGCCGUGACAACCCCGUCCAUGUGUGGGAUGCGUUUUGUGGCAAAGUGCGGGCCAGCUUUCGGCCCUACAACCACCUGGACGAGCUGACGGCGGCCCACUCGCUCUGCUUCUCGCCGGACGGAGAACAGCUGUACUGCGGCUUCGAGAAAAUGGUCCGAGUCUUCUACACAAAGCGUCCGGGCAGAGACUGCGAGGAACGUCCAACUGUGGUGAAGAAACGAGGCCAGAACGGCAUCAUCUCCUGCUUCGCCUUCAGCCCGUGUCAGUCGGUGUAUGCCUGCGGCUCGUACUCCCGCUGCGCCGGACUGUACUCCUGUCAGGACGGCACGCUGCUGGCCCUGCUGCCCACCCGCCACAACGGAGGCCUCACCCAUCUGCUGUUCUCCCCCGACGGCAACUACCUGUUCACCGGCGGUCGCAAGGAUCCAGAAAUCUUGUGCUGGGACCUGAGGGACACUGGGAAAGUUUUAUUUUCCCUCAAGAGGAACGUGACCACGAAUCAGCGCAUCUACUUUGACCUGGACCAAUCAGGCAGAUACCUGCUGAGCGGAGAUACGGAGGGAGUGGUCUCUGUGUGGGACACUCACACGGCGCGUCCUGAUGGAACCGAAGAGCUCCUGCAGCCACAGAUCAGGUUCAAGGCCCACUGGGACUGCACCAACGGCAUCAGCCUUCAUCCCUUUAUGCCCAUUCUGGCCACAUCCAGCGGUCAGCGGCAGUUCCCCUGGCCCGCCGACAGCGAGGGCGACUCUGCCUCCGACACUGAAGGAGGCGGAGGCGUAGAGUUGCAGCAGGAGAUCCGGCAGGACAACGCGCUGACGCUGUGGUGGGCCGGACCAGUGAGCCAAGCUGCUGAGGAGAACCAGGACCAGAACACAGCAGCUGCAGAGGCCUCAAGUGUCCCAUUAGUUUAACUAGAGCACACAAACCGUGCCAUGCCUUUGAGUUGUAUCGUUUUUCUUUAAGGAAUGCCUGUCUUUUGCUCGCAUAAAUAUCAUUUAUUCAAUGUUUUAGUUUUGCCGUAGAGCGUAGGAUCAUUUUCCAGCUGAAGGGGUUUAUAUAUAGUAAAUAAAUGGGGUUCCUACACAUUUUUUCUGCAUAGAAACGAUGCGUGAAUGUGUGAUCAGCAAAUGGGUGGAUACAUGAAUAGUUUUCCAGAUUUUGUUAUUUUUAUUAAUCACUUUUUCAGACCUUAAAUGAACACUUAAAGCAUAUUCCAGACUCCUAAAGGCUGCGUUGGAACCGUGAAUCCCUCACAUAGAGCCUCAUUUGGCUCAAAUACUAAAAUACCUUCAUAUUUUAGGUGCUGCAGUGAGUUUAGUUCAUUCCUGAUUAAGUUAAUUUUAAACGAAAAUGGGUUUACAGAUAUUUAGUUGAUAAAUCUAGUAUUGAGUUGCUUGAAUCUUCAGUGAAAGCUUGUGUCUUUGUUCUGUGUGUAUCCUCUGGCUGGAGCUGGAACCGUGGGAGUGUUUGUUUGAGUGUUUGGCUCCAAUGCUGCCCUGGAGAUUGCUCUCUGCCACAGUGACAAUAAGUGCCAUUUGUUUCCCCAGGCUUUGCUUUUAUAAACCCAGAGUCUGCUGUUUUUCUUACCAUGUCCUUUGUAAAGCAGCCCGUGUACUGAGCUGUCACAGCGCAUGCCCACAGAUGUAUAUUUUUGUAACGCCGUGCCGAUCCUCUGAAUGUCCGGUCUGUGAGCAGCCAGCUUAACGUUGUUACGCUCUGUGAAAGUCUUUAAUAAGUGGGUGCAGCUGCUAAAGACUGUGUGUUUUGUUUUUUUUCUACUGUUUGUACUUGUCCAUGUGGUGACAGAAAAACACAGAACUGUUUAAAUAAGUGAUUUUUUUUUUCUUUCUUUUGCCAAAAUGGGGGAUUUCACUUUGCUGCAAGGCAUCUGUGCAGGUUUAUCUGUCUAACAUAUGCCUUUUUAUAACAAGACACCUAGAAAUGAAUGUGUUUUUAACGCUGUUGCACUUGUUUAAACUUGUACGUGUUUCCAAGCAUUAUUUCCUCCACUCUGCAGCAAUGGUUUUCUGUCGCUUCCAUCCAGGCUGGAGUAAAUUAAACUCAUAUCUCCUCACACCUGA